GAGAGGGUGCAGAAUGCAGAGAAGACUGCAGAGAUGCAGGCAGAUCUACUGCUGCUGCUUGCUCUCACGUGGUAUGGCAAAUCGGGAAUCCAUGCCAGCACCUCCUCGGCCUCUCUCUCCCACCCACAGUCCCACUUGAGCUGAGAGCUGAGAAGCAGCAGCAGCUCAGACUCACAGUCCACAGACCCCAGCCAAAAAUAUACUUAAUGAAAUUUCGCUAACCCAUCAUCCCAGCCUCUGCUCUGCCAUCCGUUCCCUUUCGAGUCUCUCCUCGCUGCUGCUUCGGCUGCUACCUCAAUCUCCAUCCACCGCUGCUAUCUCUUCGAUUCUGCUACGCCCUACGCCCAGCUAUGGAGCUCGCAGCGCGGCCGGACGAGGACGAGGCGCGCCGCCGCCGGAGCACCGACUGCAUCUACUUCCUCGCCUCCCCGUUGACCUGCAAGAAGAUGCGGCGAUCUGCUUCCGAUUUCACGUUUCGUCCACUGUCUGUCGCCCGAUGCGAUUUUAAUUUCGGUUCAUGGUAUAUAUACAUGUGGCCCAAGCCUCAACGAUCUGGAUCGCUUCAAUCUUCUCGGGUUCCCCUUCUGUUCGUCCGGGAAUGUACUGGAAGUGAAUGUGAGUACCGUCAUAGUGAUGCUGCCAGGAUGAAUCCAAGGGACUGUUGGUAUUGGUUUAGUGGCAACUGUGUGAAUCCCAAAUGUUCGUUUAGGCACCCGCCACUGGACAGCCUCCUUGGAGCACCAACAACUCCACGGGCAGCAGCUCAACAGUCUGCACCACAAGUUCCUGUGCCAGCUCAAGCCCAUGGAUAUACUCCUGCCAGUGGCACAGGCACAGCCAAGCAGGGUGUUCCAUGUUAUUACUUUCAGAAAGGCAUGUGUGCAAAAGGGGACAAGUGUGCCUUCUUGCAUGUGCCACAGGCUGCUGGAAAUCCUGUUCCACAGCUGACGGCAAAUGUUUUUACUCCUGCUUUGCAGCCUAAUCCUCAGUUAAAGAACUCGUGGACAAAACCAAACUCUUCGACCCAACAGAAUACGCCUUUAGGAAUAUUUGAUAAGUCAAAUUCCAGCGCUCAUGAUGGCAAACCAGCUCAGAAGCAAAAUCUUGCAAGCAGGGUUGAUCAGUCAUUAAGAAAUUACCAGAAUCACGAUAAUUCUUAUGUGCAGUCUGGUACGGCAAAGCAUCACAAAUCUCACUCUUCAGUCGAAGAUGACUUACCUGAGAAUGGUAUGGAGGUUGGCGAAUUUGUGAGGGAGCGUUCUGCUGGUUCUGGUGUUCUUGUUGGCUGUGUCGAUGAUGACUCUGAACAGUCAUUCAAGGGAAACCAUAACGGUUACCAUCAUAGUAAUGGGGAGCAUCACACUGGGAUGAUGAGGCAAAAACAUGGUAGCUAUGAAUCAGAAAGGUCAUACAGAAGUUCAGUUGAUAGCUUGUUGUCAGAGAGAAGGAUUUCUCAGAGCGAGCCUGUGCCUGCAAAUGCAGGCAGCUCGGAUUUGCGCCACAGGCUACUGAAGCAAAGAAGGCUCAAUGAACCAAGAUCAACGCAGGUACCUGAUAGGCAUGAUGCAUAUCUUGAGGAUGAAUGCCACAACCAUCAUCAUUGGCGAGGUGAAGAGCAGGCUGCCCAUGACGGUGUCUCACGAUCUCGAUUGCAUGGUAGAAUAAAACUUCCUGGGGAGACGUCAUUUGAUAGACUUGGCUCACACUCAGAGAAAGAGAGCGAUAGAGGGCCAAGAGCCAGAUUGUCGCCACCAAAACACACAGACCUUCGAGGGAAGCUUCAUGAAAGGCUAAAGGCUAGAUCAAACGAGGAUAUCCCUGGUAACGCAAAAAGUACCGUGGCAAAAGUGAGUGGUGUUGAAGAUGCUGGAUCACUGAACUUUGCUGGUCCAAAGAGCCUUGCAGAGUUGAAAGCAAAGAAGGUUGUUGCCAGUUCAGGAGAAGAUUCCAUCAAGAGUGCUGGCUCUUCUGCAGGACCAGCUCGUAUGACUUCAGAAAUAGUUGCCAGCAGGGCCUCCUCUGAGCCUGUUCCAUUUCAAGGUCCAAAACCGCUAGGUGUCAUAUUGAAGAGAAAAAGAGAGGCGACUUCUGAAAAUGCUGCCCAUUCUGGCAGCAUACAGGAAGAAGACACUGUAGGAGUGGAAGAAUCUCAGAAUAAGUUCCAAAUCAUUGAGAGCGACACGGUUGAUGUGAACACGGAGGGCAAUGAAGAAGAAGAAGAAGCCGCCUUCUAUCCUGAAGACGAUGUGGCGUACGACGAUAGCCUCUCACCUGUUGACGACAAUGCCGCUGAAGAUACAGGUAAAGAGCUGGAGGAGCAUCAAGAUGUUGAGGCAGCAGAAGACUGUGACUAUGAGGCGGCUGACCUCAACGCCGAGGAGGAUAACGACUACCAGGAGUACGAAGAUGAUGAUGAUCCGGAGGAUGACGAUGACUUUGCGCGAAAAGUGGGCGUGAUGAUCUCCUGAAGCAAAUGAGCAGGGUGUGCGCCAUCACUAUGGCGCACCCAAGUGUAUGGCUGAAGUAAGAGUUGUUUGUGGUUCUCCGAAGAUCUUCAACUGUAUUUAUCUCUUUUAGCGCCAGAUACUUUUUGUUCACUGCGCAAAAGACUCAGGCUAAUAAAGUUGGGAGAACAUUGGUCGAAUGGAAGCGAAAAUGAGCUCAUCGGAGAGCUAGUUGUAACAACCAAGCACAAGGAGUGACCUGUAUUCAAAUCUGCGUGUACUCUCUCCUACAUAUGUUGUGUUGUAUUAUUAGUUGAGAAUUGAGAUGACCUAACAGAUUACAUACUGUACUUCUACUUAUUCUUUAGAAGGUGACAACAGGUCUACAGUUUGCUGGUAGAGCAUACAUUAUGGAGGA